CACAUUCAUUCAAGCUUAUUGCUCUGUACUAGACUUAUUGUUUUGCAAGCAUAGAUAGUAACUAGUAGCCUAACACAGGAAUAGCUGCAGUUGGAAUGAAUUCUUCAAUAGUAAUUGCCUGUGCCGCCGUUUUGGUGGCCAGCAUUAACGCCGCUAGUGUGCAGCAAGCCGUAAAAACGAUCAACAAUCAACUCUAUCGACGUUAUGUCUGCGCUCAAAAGCCCGAUGGAUUCCGCGCCUUGGUUCCCGGCAGUUGCUCCCAGUACUACGAGUGUCAGUCAGGAGUGGCCCUCGUAAGCACCUGCUCACGCUUCUUCGACGCUCGAGUCCAGGGAUGUGUCAACUACAAUACUGGCUGCAUCGAAGCUCAGCCUGCUUCAGCCGGCAAGGCAACUGUUGGAGGCACUGUCGUGCCUUGUAAUGAGGAAGCAACCACUGCGUGCGCCCCAACAGCAGCUCCUACUACACCAUGUGCCACAGAGACUACUCCGACAACACCCUGUGUAACUGAGCCAUCUACUGCCCCCACUACACCCUGUGUAACUGAGCCAUCUACUGCCCCCAGUACACCCUGUGUUACUGAGCCAUCUACUGCCCCCACUACACCCUGUGUAACUGAGCCAUCUACUGCCCCCACUACACCCUGUGUUACUGAGCCAUCUACUGCCCCCACUACACCCUGUGUUACUGAGCCAUCUACUGCCCCAACUACACCCUGUGUAACUGAGCCAUCUACAGCCCCAACUACACCCUGUGUAACUGAGCCAUCUACUGCCCCAACUACACCCUGUGCAACGGAGCCAUCUACUGCCCCCACUACACCCUGUGUUACUGAGCCAUCUACUGCCCCAACUACACCUUGUGUAACUGAGCCAACUAAAGCACCCACUACACCCUGUGCAACUCAGCCAUCUACUGCCCCCACUACACCCUGUGUAACUGAGCCAUCUACUGCCCCCACUACACCCUGUGUUACUGAGCCAUCUACUGCCCCCACUACCCCCUGUGUAACUGAGCCAUCUACUGCCCCCACUACACCCUGUGUUACUGAGCCAUCUACUGCCCCCACUACACCCUGUGUUACUGAGCCAUCUACUGCCCCAACUACACCCUGUGUAACUGAGCCAUCUACAGCCCCAACUACACCCUGUGUAACUGAGCCAUCUACUGCCCCAACUACACCCUGUGCAACGGAGCCAUCUACUGCCCCCACUACACCCUGUGUAACUGAGCCAUCUACUGCCCCCACUACACCCUGUGUUACUGAGCCAUCUACUGCCCCCACUACACCCUGUGUAACUGAGCCAUCUACUGCCCCCAGUACACCCUGUGUUACUGAGCCAUCUACUGCCCCUACUACACCCUGUGUAACUGAGCCAUCUACUGCCCCCACUACACCCUGUGUUACUGAGCCAUCUACUGCCCCCACUACACCCUGUGUAACUGAGCCAUCUACUGCCCCCAGUACACCCUGUGUUACUGAGCCAUCUACUGCCCCCACUACACCCUGUGUUACUGAGCCAUCUACUGCCCCAACUACACCCUGUGUAACUGAGCCAUCUACAGCCCCAAAUACACCCUGUGUAACUGAGCCAUCUACUGCCCCAACUACACCCUGUGCAACGGAGCCAUCUAUUGCCCCCACUACACCCUGUGUUACUGAGCCAUCUAGCACAACUCCCUGUGCACCAGAAACCACAACAGUUUGCGCUGAAGAAACUACAACUGCCUGCAGCGGAACCCUCACAGCCUCAAAGGCCAAGCCCGCCUCCGUGAAAGUGAGACCACUAAGACCUGUGCGUCCUGCCGCAUUGCCAACUGAGCAGCUUUCGGUUCCUCAAACCCAUGAGCUUAGCAUUUCCACCUACACAAAGUUCGUCUGCCGCAAUAAGCCAGACGGCUUCAUGCUUGCUUCGCUGAAGAGCUGUUCCGACUACUACAUUUGCCGAUAUGGAAAACCUCUGUUGGUUAGUUGCGGCGAUAAAUACUUCAACGGCCUUAAGGGAAUUUGCGAUCUACCAGAGAAUACGCGAUGCGUGCAGCCCCAAGCCUAAGAACGCAUGAUGGCCGCAUAACCUCUGGAACCAUCGCCAAAUAAAGCUCUACCGAACCCACCUUGAUAUUUCAUUUCAUCCUUAUGCUUUAUAUUCAAUAUAGACUAAAUAAAAGCAACAGCUGUUACAAGCUAU